CUCUCUCUCUCACACACACACACACACACACACACACACACACACACACACACACACACACACUUCCUCCUCCACCGUGGAAAAACAGAGGGAGAGAGAGAGAGAGAGAGGGCACACGAAACGCAAACUUCCAACUCUCCCAUGUGGAGAGCACAGGCUUGGGGAUAAGGUAUAUUUUUUCCUUUCCUACCCGGGGCUCAGUUCCUUCCCCCCUCUCUCUCUCUCUGUGUGAGUGUGUGUGUGUUUCCCCCCCCGGAUAGUUGGGUUUCUAUGAGAGUCUUGCUCGGCGAGAGAAGUUUGGUUGUUUGCCUGGCCGUGCUGAGGAGGAGGAGGAGGAGAAGAGUCGGGUGAAAAGUGGGGGGAAGAUGGUCCGCAACGCCGCUUGGAGAAGAGGCUUGCUGUGCGUCCUGGUGCUCUGUCUCGGCUUUGCCUCCCCACCGUGCAAAGCUCGGAUUUACACCAACCACUGGGCAGUCAGGAUAGCCGGGGGACCCGAGGUUGUCGACCGGAUAGCGGAAAAAUAUGGCUAUAGGAACAUGGGACAGAUUGGGGAUCUGAAAGACCACUACCACUUCUUCCACAGUCGGACCAUCAAGAGGUCGACAUUGUCCAGCCGCGGUCGCCACAGUUUCAUCUCCAUGGAGCCCAAGGUGGAGUGGAUACAGCAGCAGGUGGUGAAGAGGAGGAUCAAGAGGGAUUACAAACCGGCCCCGCCCCUUUCCUUGUCAAGCCCCGCCUACAGCAGCUCGGCCCAGAACAACAUCUUCUUUAACGAUGCCAAGUGGAGCAGUAUGUGGUACAUCCACUGUAACGACGACGUCCAUAACUGCCAGUCCGACAUGAACAUCAUGGGUGCGUGGAAGAGGGGCUACACGGGUAAAGAUGUGGUGGUGACCAUCCUGGACGACGGCAUCGAGAGGAACCACCCAGACCUGCUUCAGAACUACGACUCUCACGCCAGCUUUGAUGUUAAUGGCAACGAUAUGGAUCCCAUGCCUCGCUACGAUGCCAGCAACGAGAACAAACAUGGGACACGGUGUGCGGGCGAAGUCGCUGCAGCGGCUAACAACUCCCAUUGCAUUGUGGGAAUUGCCUACAAUGCCAGAAUAGGAGGUGUGCGCAUGCUGGACGGAGAUGUAACAGACAUGGUGGAGGCCAAGUCUCUGAGUCUCCAUCCACAGCACAUAGACAUAUACAGCGCCAGCUGGGGACCUGAUGAUGACGGGAAGACUGUGGAUGGACCAGCCUCUCUGGCCAGACAGGCCUUCGAGAAUGGCAUCCGCAUGGGAAGGAAGGGCCGUGGCUCCAUCUUUGUUUGGGCGUCGGGAAACGGCGGGCGCAGCAGGGACCACUGCUCCUGCGACGGCUACACCAACUCCAUCUACACCAUCUCCAUCUCCAGCACGGCCGAGAGCGGACGCAAGCCUUGGUACCUCGAGGAGUGCUCAUCCACCCUGACCACCACCUACAGCAGCGGAGAGAAUUACGACCGCAAGAUUAUCACUACAGAUCUGAGACAUCGAUGCACAGACAGUCACACAGGGACAUCGGCCUCGGCUCCCAUGGCUGCUGCCAUCAUCGCGCUGGCCCUGGAGGCAAAUCCUCUUCUGACUUGGAGAGACGUCCAGCACAUCAUUGUUAAGACCUCUAGAGCUGGACAUCUCAAUGCCCCUGACUGGAAGACCAAUGCUGCUGGAUACAAUGUCAGCCACCUGUACGGCUUUGGCCUGAUGGACGCUGAGGCGAUGGUGAAGGAGGCAGAGCGAUGGAAGCAGGUCCCUGCCCAGCACGUCUGUGUGGAGAGUGCAGACCGGCAAAUCAGAACCAUCCGUCCAGAGCACGUGGUGCGUUCAGUGUACAAGGCGACAGGCUGCACGGACAACUCCAACCACCAUGUGAUCUACCUGGAGCAUGUGGUGGUCCGCAUUACGAUCACACACCCUCGCCGUGGAGACCUGUCAAUCAACCUCACCUCACCCUCAGGAACCAAGUCUCAACUGCUUGCCAACAGGUUGUUUGACCACUCUAUGGAAGGUUUUAAGAACUGGGAGUUCAUGACCACCCACUGCUGGGGAGAGAAGGCAGCAGGAGACUGGAUCCUAGAGAUCCACGACUCACCAUCUCAGCUCCGCAGCCAGAAAGUACCAGGCAAGCUGAAGGAGUGGUCACUGGUCCUGUAUGGCACCUCUGUGCACCCGUACUCGUCUCUGCGCAGCGAUAAGCCCCGCUCCACAGACCUGAUGGCUCCUACUGAUGAGGAGUUCACAGAGGAGUACAAUGGCCCCUGUGACUCCGAGUGCAAUGAGAACGGCUGCGAAGGUCCUGGACCCCAUCACUGCAUUAACUGCCUCCACUACUUCCUCAAGUUCAAGAACAACACCAGGAUGUGUGUGUCCGAGUGCCCCAGUGGCUUCUUCCGGGAUGACAGGAAGCGCUGCAAGAAGUGCUCGUCGCUGUGCGAGACGUGCGUCGGUAGCCGUAGCGACCAGUGCACCACGUGCAGGGCCGGGUUCCACCUGAACGAGGGCUCCAACACGUGUGUCGCCAACUGCGCCGACAGCUUCUACCUCGAUCACGAUUCCAACAUGUGCAGGAGAUGUCCCGAGAACUGCAAGAAGUGCACCGCCUCCAAUAUCUGCACAGAAUGUAAACCUGGAAUGAGUCUUCAAGGAAACAAGUGUCAGAUGACCUGUGACCCAGGGACUUAUUACAACGGCCACAGAAGGACCUGCGAGCACUGUCAUCGGGCAUGUGCCACCUGCGCAGGCACAGGUAUAGAGGCGUGCACCAAGUGUGCAGAGGGCUACAUGCUGGAGGAAUGGCGGUGUGUGUCAACAUGCAGCGCGGGCUACUACCUGUCAGAGCAGACCUCAGACAACGGGCAGGUGCUAAGGUCCUGCAAGAAGUGUGACCAUAGCUGCUACGAGUGCUCGGGGCCGGGGGAGAGAAACUGCAGCACCUGCAUCAGUGGUUACAAUCUGGAGGCAGGAGCUUGUGUGGUCAGCACCAUCUGCAAAGAUGGAGAGUAUAUGAAUCUCCAUGGGAAGUGUCACUUGUGUGACAUUACGUGUCAGCAGUGCCUCGGUCCAGAGAGAGACGACUGCACCAGCUGCCCCUUCACACGGUUCUUUGAUGAUGGGCGCUGUGACAUUCGCUGUCAGAGGGGGCGCUAUGUCAUGGGUAGGCAGUGCCACCUGUGCCACCACACCUGCCACGAGUGCGAUGAUGAGGGACCUGACAACUGCACCAGCUGUGACAAAGAUAAGUUCGGGGUGGACAGGUACCUGUUUCAGGGACAGUGUCGUGACGCCUGUCCGGAGGGGUUUUUCCAUUCUUGGAGGAGACAGUGUGAGCCAUGCCCCGGCAACUGCACCAUUUGCACAGCGGCAAAUCACUGUCUCCACUGUGGCCCAGGGCACAAGCUCAAAGACGACCGCUGCGUCCCGCUGGAGUGCGGUGCAGGUGAGGUGACAGACCCAGAGUAUGAGGACUGUGAACCCUGUGAGGAGGGCUGCAAGACAUGCAAGCGCAGUGACUCUGAGCAUCAUCAUCAGGGAACUGUCUGUCUCACCUGUGAAGACGGCUACUACCAAUUGGGUUCAGACUGUUAUCGGUCCUGCCCAGACCGGACCUACGAUGUGAAAGACUCGAUGGUGUGUGCUAAAUGCGAGGACUCACGAUGUGUCAACUGUGACCAGCACCAGUGCUACUGGUGUGAGGACGGGUUCUACGUCUCUGAUGGAGAGUGUGUGGAUCACUGCAAGGAAGGUUUCUUUGUGGACGAGGAGAGCCAGGACUGUGAGCCAUGCCACCGUGCCUGUCGUACCUGUGGGGGGCCAAAAUUUGACGACUGCGACUCGUGUGAGGACGGUUUCACACUGCAGGAUGGGGAGUGUUUGCAGGACAGAGUAAAGUCUGCCCCCUGCCCUGAUACACACUUCAAGAACAAUAAAGGUGAAUGUGUGCAGUGCCACCCCUCCUGUAAGACAUGCUCUGAUGCAGGGAAGGCCGACUGCAACAGCUGCGACGCAGGCCGUUUCCUGACUGCCCGACAGUCCUGCGUCUCGCGUUGUCCGCCCGGUUCGUUCCCCAACAGGACGUCCCGCCUGUGUGAAGACUGCCUGCCUGGGUGUACUGUGUGCCAGGAUGCCAAGCGGUGCCAGCGGUGUCGCAGCGGGUACACACAGCUUUAUCUGCAGGAUGGAGUGUGUGUGUUGGAGUGUCACAGAGGGUUUCCUCAAGGUGGUGUGUGCCAGCCAUGUGGCCCAAAGUGUGCAUCUUGCCAGGGAAAUGCCUCCCACUGCCUGAGCUGUGAGAGUCAGUACUUUUUGCUGGACCACUCAUGCAGGAGCCACUGUCCCGAGGGCUACUACGCCACUGCCACAGACUCUGAAUGCCUUCGCUGCCCGCCUGACUGUAAAGAGUGCAACCAUGACGGCCUGUGCCAGGAGUGUGCUGAGUACUUCUUCCUUCAUGAGGACAAGUGCGUGGACGACUGUCCCGCUGGUUACUUUGCCAAUGAGGAGCAGCAGGAAUGUCAACACUGCCAUGUCGACUGUGCCUCCUGUGACGGACCGGACUGGGACGACUGCGAUGUGUGUCGCAACCCAAAAGCUGUCCGCUACAACGGAGAGUGUCUGCCCCAGUGUCCCACCAACACUUACCAUGACCAGCUCACCCAUGAAUGCAGGGACUGCGACAGAUCAUGUCAGACCUGCUCAGGCCCAGAGCCGUCGUCCUGCCUCAGCUGCGACGACGACAUGCGUAAAGACGCCAGCGGACACUGUGUGUGGUACAGUCAGUGCUCGCUGCGCUCAUACAUGGACAAUGAUGGGGAGUGUCAACUGUGCCACCACAUCUGCCAUCGCUGUUCUGGGCCUGGCAAAGACCACUGCCUCAGCUGCAACACCCCACACUUUCUGCUCAACAGUACGUGUGUGGAGGAGUGUCCUGUAGGUUACUAUGGUGACAAGGAUGAACGCGAAUGUAAGCACUGUCACUACAGCUGCGAGUCGUGCGUUGGGCAUCACAGUGUGCAGUGUGUCACAUGCAAACCUGGACUGUUCAGGCAGGGCUACAGCUGCGUCGAGGCCUGCUCGGAGAGUCACUUUGGCAACACCACCAGCAGGGUUUGUGAGCGCUGUGACCCUUCUUGUAGCCAGUGUUUUGGUCGUGGCAGCAGGGAAUGUCUGAGCUGUCGGGAGGGCUACUUGUACCUGAGGGAGUGGGGACGGUGCCUGCACAGCUGCCCACCUAAUUACUACGAAGACAGCUGGUCCAAGACCUGUCGCAGGUGUCACCCCACCUGCAAGACCUGCAGCAAUGAGGGUGCUCUGUCCUGUCAGUCCUGUUAUGAGGGCUUCAAGUUUAUGGGAGGCAUCUGUGUAACACCGUGCCUCAUAGGUUUCUAUCCUGCAUCUCAGGGCUCUGAUUCUCAGAAUGCCGAACCAAACUGUGUUGCGUGUGAGCCAUCCUGCCAGCAAUGCCGAGGUCCCAGCAUGUGGAAUUGCACAGAUUGCCCCCCCCUCCAGAUCCUGGCGGAUGACGGUCGCUGCUUGUCCUGCUGUGGAAAUGAAACGCACCUCGAUGGUUCGCCCAUACCCAGGGAGUGCUGUGACUGCCAGGCCUCCGAGGCGGAGUGCAUCCUGAGUGUCAACUUUGUGUUAAUGGGAGCAGAGGAGUUGGACAUGCAAGGCAGCCCAGCGCGAGUCUUUGUCACGAUCUGUGUUUUAUUCAUCAUCGCUGUGGGCGGAGUGGUGUUCCUCUUCCUCUUCUCUCGUUCUAAGUCGCUCACCAUCCCUGGAGCCCCCAAAACCAAGGCCGGCGGCUAUGAGAAGCUGGACUCCAACGGGGGCAUCGGCUCACAGUCCGCCACCUCGCCAUUUGGGGAGUACAGCGACCGAAUCAUCGGGUGUGAGGAUGAUGAUGGGGAGGACGAGGAUGAGGAGGAUGACAUUGUGUACAUGGCACAGGAUGGGACUGUGUAUCGGAAGUUCAAGUACGGACUCCUGGAUGAAGAUGAGGAGAUUGAGCUGGAGUACGAUGACGAGAGCUACUCAUACAGAUGAAAAAAAAAAAAAAAAAAA